GUCGGUUUUAAGAGUAGAGAUGGACACCUUUUAUUAUAAUGAAAAUGACCAAACAAUUGAAAAUUAUGUGAUAAAGUGAUGGUUUAUUUGAAAUAUCAAGUUUAUUAUAAUCAAAAUGGGAAUAAUAACAAGCAUUGGACGUUGUCUGGUUACGUUGCUGAAUAUUUUUUUCUUGAUAGUCAGCUUGGUGUUGACAGCUGCAGGUGUAAUUGCAUUCUAUGCAUCGGAUAUCAGUUUUAUAAAGACAGUUGAAGAGAAAGUCAGAGAAGCUCUAAAAAGUAUGGCUUCUGCCACUAAUUCGUCAACAGAUGGGAUAAACGAUUUUUCUAUUACUGAGUUUAUGGAUGGGAUAGGGAUGGCACUAAUUAUUUCCGGUUGCUUUUUGUUAAUCCUGUCAUUUUUUGGUUGUUGUGGUGCCUCCUGCAAGUUUAGGACAUUAAUUUUUAUUUAUGCCCUGAUAAUAACAGUAUUGCUAUUAGCAGAAAUUAUUGUCGUAAUCGUGCUGUAUGCUGCUCCAGAUACGAUCAAAGGUUCUAUUAAGGAUGGUUUACUUGAGUCACUGAAAGGUUAUAAAGGGAUUGGAAGUUCAGACGCUUCAACACUUGGAUGGCUGUUUGUUAUGCAAGAGAUGAAAUGUUGUGGUGUAAAUGGCUAUGAAGAUUUCGGUUACACUCACACAGAUGACUGGAAAACUCCUGGAGGUGUAACUGAUCCUCUAACUGCACCUCUUGUUUGUUGUAUUGCAGAGCCAGCAGGAUUUACAAUGACAGCCACCGCCUGCGCGCGCUCAGGCACCUUGGCCAUAAAUACACAGGGAUGUUUUGAUGCAGUAUGGAACCAAAUAUUGGGCAACACAAAGUUGGCAGUAAUAGUUUAUGUUGUGGCAUUUCUUUUUCAGUCGUUGCUGAUAAUAUUUUCCUACCUAAUGUAUGUCGAUGGUAAAAAGAAAGGAAACAAAGUGUACCCUAAAGCUUAGCCAAGAAAACAGACUUUGAAGGAACAUAUGUCCUCACUGGAAAGAAGGGAAUUGGAUUAUGUGUGUGUUUGACACUGCGAUGAUUUAUCAUUAUUACUAAACAAAAAAAUAGUAACUAUUUGAUUAUUACUCUCGUAGAUAUAAGGUUGUGUUAUUUGGAAUUAAUGUAUUCAAUAUAUUCAUACUUUUCUCUAUUGUAAAUAUUCAUGUUUCCAUGACUGUGAUCUAUUUCUAUUUAAUAUGUACCGACAAGCUGUAUAAUUGCAGCAUUUCUUAAUAACCUACAAACUUUAUUUCAGAAAAAUAGUUGUUUUUUUUUCAAUUUUCCUAGAACAAAAUGUUGAACAUCAUGGUUUUAUAAAAGUGAACUCUUAUAUAAUUUGUAUUGAAGCGAAUAUGGUUUUACAUCCUGUUAAUACUACUAGUAUGUACUUAUGUUUUGGCAUUGAAGAAUAUCAUGCUCUUCUCUAACCGUUUUUUUCAGACUGUUUUAGACGUCUUUACACUAAAUCCGUUGGCAGUGUACUAAUUGAUACUUAAAUGAUAGAGAACACGAUUUAUAUAUUAGUUGUAUGUGACUUUGAACUUGAUUUUAGUAACUGUGAGUACUCUUACAUCGGUACUUUGGGACUUUUUUAUGUUAGUUAUGUUUUGCUUCGUUCCAAUCUUGAGUCAAAAGGCAAUAUACGACUGGUUUUUUUUUUAAAGUUUAUUCUUCUGCUGUUCUGUUACACUACUGUUCCUGCUUAGUGGGAGAGUUGAGAAUUCACAAACAUGUUUAACCCCGAAAGGUCUUUAUGUAUUUUUUUCAAAGUCAUGAGCCUAUUCUAUAGUAGUAUUGUUGAUUGCUGUCUGUCAUAUUUGUUUUCGUUUAUUGUUUUGAUAUUUAUAUGGCUUUUUCGUUCGAAUUGUUUCACAUUUUGUCAUAUGGGGCCUUUUACAGCUUUCAAUACGGUACCGGUUUUUUUUUGCUCUCUUUUGAAGGUUGUUUAGACCGACGAAAUUGCUUAAAUCCACGUCAUUUGUUGGAUACUUGUAUCAUUUGGAAUUAUACCACAUCUUCUUAUUUUUAUAUAGAUAUAGAUAAAUAACACUUUAUAAACUUUAUGUAGUCCUCGCAUUAUCCAAGUUACAUUGCUUUAAUAGACAAUGUGUGUAUAGUUUUUGAACUGGAACACAUCGUAGAAAUUAAAUUGAACAUUCAUAUAAAUAAGUAUUCAUGAUUUCUUUUUAUUUAAUAAUACCUCUGGAGCCCAGUUCUCUUACUGUUCAGGUCGGUAUCCGACCUGCAGAGCCCAGAGCUGUACCGUUGGAGUCCGGAGCGCUAUGAAUGGAACUCACAGUGAAAAUUGGUCAAAGGCCCCUGAUUGUCCGGAGCCAAACAAUAACAUGAGAAGGGGUCAGAUCCCUUGUUACUCCUCAAACAUACUCCUUCUUUCCACUCUAUUUGUUGUGUAUGUACGUUUUAUUAAAGAUUAUUGACAAAUUUUGGGAAUGUAUAUGAGUGGUGGUUUUCGGAAUUGGAAUGUGUUUUGUAAUAAAUGAUCACUUACAAAUAUUUUCUUGUAUCGGUUUUUAUGCCCCCGCUGCUAGGCGAAGGGGCCAUAAGGGUUUAUCAUUGUCUGUCUGUAUGUCCGUCCGUCUGUUCGUACGUACGUACGUACCGAAAUUGAUCUCCGUGCUUUGACUUUAGUUUGCACUAACCAAAUAUUAUGAAAUUAAUACACAAUGUUUAUUACCACCAAACACAGAUCAAAAUCGAAUGUGGCUGGAGUCAUUUUCACCGUUUUCGAGCUAUGUUUCGAGCUCUUAUCAAUGGAAAAAUUGCUGAAUUUGACGUUUCCGCACUCAAACUUUACUUUGCGACAACCAAAUGUUCUGAAACGUAUACACAAUGCUUAUUACUAUAAAAAAACAACUCAAGUUCGGAUUUGGGUGGCGUCACUGUCACUGUUUUAAAUUAUGUCUUUAUAAAUGGAAAAUUUGCAAAUUUGCCCUUUCUGUACCCUAACUUUACAUUGCCUCAACCAAAUGCCAUGGAACUUAUACUUAAUGCUUAUCACCUCUAAACACAUAUCACGUUCGAAUGGUGGGGUCAUUUUUACCGUUCUUGAUAUACCCCAUUAAUGUUUGUUAUUGAACAACGAGAGCACCCGAACCCCCGAGCAAUCUCUUAUGACAACAUACAGAAACAAAUGUCAUUACGUUGUCACUGAACAACAAUAGAUUUGAAAUACAAGUAGUACAUUGACUCUUGCAUAUCUAAAAACAGGAGCAUAUGUGUCCCAUAGACACAUUCUUUUUUCAUUUGGGUAUAUUUUGAAUUUGCAUUUUUAUUUAUAUAUUUUGUAUGGAUGACGCAUUAAUUGCCGAGUUAUGAUAUAUCAGCGUGUGUAUAAUGUUUUGCGUGUUUUUACUAACGCAAAGUUAGGAAAUAAUAAAUUUAACAUUUUA